AGAGACAGGCAAAGAGAGAGAGAGAGAGAGAAAGGAGGAGGGGUGGUGGGGGGGCGUUCUGCAAUAAUAUAGUCAGCCAUUUUUUAUGUAAGGGGAUUUUUCUUAUUGGGGGGGUUGUUAAAAAAUAAAUAUAAGGGCGGCCAUCUUUGUUUCCUUGCGUUGUAGUGUAAAAUAUUCCAAAACGCCCCCCACUUUUUUUCUGGAGUCGAUUUGAAUAUUAAAUAAAUAUCAUAAUUCCGGAGGAUUUCUGAUUUCGAGUACGGAGCCGAUGACAGGAAUAUAAUGUCCUCUCCUCUCCGGUCCUGUGAGGAAUACAAGGGCAUGUUGGUUAAUUCCAAAGGAGGAGAUUUUGAUGAAGAAGAGGACGACGGAGAUCUAGACGAGAACGCAAGCGACAUAAACUCGCCGGCGGCGCCUCGAGAAACUGCAACACUAGCCGCGCCAGAGGAAGAAGGGGGGGCAUUGGACAGGGACAGUCUAGGGAGGAAGAAACGAGGGCCCAAGAAGAAGAAGGAGACAAAGAAGAAGGAGAAAGAGAAAGAAGGAAAACUCUCCAAAGCUAAAAAACGGAAAAAGAUUGACAGUGAUGUAGAGAGGGACUCGGAGCGAGAGAGAGACUAUGGAGAGAACUCUGACAGUGCAGCCAGCAUCUUCGCUUGUGAGAAAAAGAAGAGGAAGAAACACAAGGAGAAGAAGGAGAAAAAAAAAAAAAAGAUGAAAAAUGACAAUGGGGACAGCACGCAAGAGGAGACAAUAAAGCCAAUAGAACAGAAGACGUCGGCCCAGCUGGCUAAAGACUGGGGUCUGGAGGAUGUGGAUCAUACCUUCACUGAAGAUGACUACCGCACACUCACCAACUACAAAGCCUUUAGCCAGUCUAUGAGGCCCAUGAUCGCCAAGAAGAACCCUAAGAUCCCCAUGUCCAAGAUGAUGACCAUCCUGGGGGUCAAGUGGAGGGAGUUCAGUUCCAACAACCCCUUCAAGGGCUCAGGUGCUGCGGCCGUGGCAGCUGCAGCCGCGGCCGCCGCCAUUGCCGUCGCCGAGCAGGUCUCCGCAUCAACCGCUUCCCCAUCCCCGGAGCCCCCACCGCCCCGGAAGCAGCCCCAAACCCCCCGGCUGGCCCCCCAGCCGCCGCCCCCGCUCCGCAAGGCCAAGACCAAAGAGGGCAAAGGACCUGGAUAUAAGAAGAGUCGCAGUAAGAGUCCUCGUGUUCUGGCUGAGAGGAAGAAGGCGGUGGCAGCGGCUGCAGCAGCAGCAGUAGCGGCAGCAGCAGCAGCGAAGGCCAAGAAGAUGGCUCCCAUACGCAUAAAACUAGGGCCUCUAGGCAACAAGAGGAAGAAGAGCAGCUCUAGUGGGGAUGAUGUUGAGGAGGAAGAUUCGGAGCAGGAGGACUCCAGUGUCCACAGCUCCUCGGUCCGCUCCGACAGCUCGCCCCGUGUCAAGAAGAACAAAAGAGGACGGCCUGCCAAGAAGAAGAAGAAAAUGCUGGGUGAGGGUGAUGUGGAGGUGGAUGGUUAUGAGACAGACCACCAGGACUACUGUGAGGUCUGCCAGCAGGGAGGAGAGAUUAUUCUGUGUGACACCUGUCCCAGAGCCUACCACCUGGUCUGUCUGGAGCCUGAGCUGGAGAAGGCCCCCGAGGGCAAAUGGAGCUGCCCCCAUUGUGAGAAAGAGGGGAUCCAGUGGGAAGCGAAGGAUGAGGACUUUGAGGAGUUUGAGGAGGAGAGUGAGGACAUGGUGGUACCAGAAGUACCUGGGGUUGGACUGCUGGUAGGACUGGAGGAAGAGGAGGAUGAGCACAUGGAGUUCUGCAGGGUCUGUAAGGAUGGGGGGGAACUAUUAUGCUGCGACACCUGUCCCUCCUCCUACCACAUCCACUGUCUCAACCCGCCCCUGCCUGAGAUCCCCAACGGAGAGUGGCUGUGUCCGCGCUGCACUUGUCCUGCCAUCAAAGGCAGGGUACAGAGGAUCCUCCACUGGCGAUGGGGCGAGCCCCCCGAUCCUGUACCCGUGCCCCCCGCCCCCGAUUCUCCCCCUGAUGCUCCCCCGCCACCCCCCAUGAAGGGCAGGGCCGAGAGAGAGUUCUUUGUCAAGUUGGCCGGACAGUCCUACUGGCACUGUACCUGGAUCACUGAACUACAGCUGGAGAUCUUCCACUCGGUAAUGUUCCGUAACUACCAGAGGAAGACAGAUAUGGACGAGCCUCCCAGUCUGGACUAUGGGUCGGGGGGAGAGGAGGAGAGUGUUAAGAGUGAGAAGAGGAGGCUGAAAGACCCUGACUAUGCUGCCCUGGAUGACAAGUUUUAUAAAUACGGCAUCAAGCCUGAAUGGAUGAUGGUCCACCGCAUCAUCAACCACAGUGUGGACAAGAAGGGGAUAUACCACUACCUGGUCAAGUGGAGAGACCUGACCUACGACCAGUGCACAUGGGAGAGAGACAAUCUGGAAAUGCCAGAGUUUGUCAUCCACAAGGCCAACUACUGGGCACACAGGGAUGAGGUGAUGAAGGAGGCCCCAGACAUGCCGAGGAGGAUGAGGAGCAUGAGGAUGGAGGAGAGCGAAGACCCACACAGAUCACCUGUCAACGACCCUACGAUAAAGUACGAGGAGCAGCCAGACUUUGUGACAGCAACGGGGGGCACUCUGCACCUGUACCAGCUGGAGGGGCUCAACUGGCUGCGUUUCAGCUGGGCACAGGGCACUGACACCAUCCUGGCAGACGAGAUGGGGCUGGGCAAGACUAUCCAGACCAUCGUCUUCCUCUACUCACUCUUUAAAGAGGGCCACACCCGUGGCCCGUUCCUGGUGAGUGCCCCCCUCUCCACCAUCAUUAACUGGGAGAGAGAGUUUGAGAUGUGGGCCCCGGACUUCUACGUGGUGACCUACACAGGGGACAAGGACAGCAGAGCAAUCAUCAGAGAGAACGAGCUGACCUUUGACGACACGGCCAUUAGGGGAGGGAAGAAAGCCUUCAAACUGAGGAGAGAAGCCCCAAUAAAGUUCCAUGUCCUGUUGACCUCCUAUGAGCUGGUGACUAUAGACCAGACCUCCCUGAAGUCUAUAGACUGGGCCUGUCUAGUGGUGGACGAAGCCCAUCGCCUCAAGAACAAUCAGAGCAAGUUCUUCAGACGUCUGAAUGACUAUAAGAUUGACCACAAGCUGCUGCUGACUGGUACUCCUCUCCAGAACAACCUGGAGGAGCUGUUCCACCUGCUCAACUUCCUCACUCCCAACCGCUUCAAUAACCUGGAGGGGUUCCUGGAGGAGUUUGCCGACAUCUCCAAGGAGGACCAGAUCCAGAAGCUACAUGACCUGCUGGGCCCACACAUGUUGAGGAGGCUGAAGGCUGACGUCUUCAAGAACAUGCCGGCCAAGACAGAGCUCAUCGUACGAGUGGAACUCAGCCCCAUGCAGAAGAAAUACUACAAGUUGAUUCUGACGAGGAACUUUGAGGCUCUGAACUCGAAAGGAGGAGGUAACCAGGUGUCUCUACUCAACAUCAUGAUGGACCUGAAGAAGUGUGCCAACCACCCCUACCUCUUCCCUGUCGCCUCCAUGGAAGCCCGUAAGACUGCAAGCGGAGCGUACGAGGGCACAGACCUCACAAAGGCUUCUGGGAAACUGACUCUUCUGCAAAAGAUGAUGAGAAAACUGAAGGACCAAGGGCACCGCGUGCUCGUCUUCUCACAGAUGACAAAGAUGUUGGACCUGUUGGAGGACUUCCUGGACUUUGAGGGUUAUAAGUACGAGAGGAUCGACGGAGGAGUCACAGGGGCUCUGAGACAGGAGGCCAUAGACCGGUUCAAUGCUCCUGGUGCGCCUCAGUUCUGUUUCCUGCUGUCCACCAGGGCAGGGGGUUUGGGUAUUAACCUGGCUACAGCUGACACCGUCUUCAUCUUCGACUCAGACUGGAACCCCCACAAUGACAUCCAGGCGUUCAGUCGCGCCCACCGCAUCGGGCAGGCCAACAAGGUGAUGAUAUACCGCUUCGUGACCCGUGCCAGUGUGGAGGAGCGCAUCACCCAGGUGGCCAAGAGGAAGAUGAUGUUGACCCACCUCGUGGUACGGCCCGGCCUGGGCUCCAAGGCUGGAUCCAUGUCCAAACAGGAACUGGACGACAUCCUCAAGUUUGGCACCGAGGAGCUGUUCAAGGACGAGAUUGAAUUCCUCUCACCACCACGUAUGUCCACCCUCUCUCCCCUACGGUGUCCAGCGGGAGACAACAGGGACGAUGAGGGCAGUGUGAUCCACUACGACAGCUUGGCCAUCGAGAGGUUGCUGGACCGGAGCCAGGACGCUACGGAUGACACGGACAUGCAGAAUAUGAACGAAUACCUGAGCUCCUUCAAAGUGGCCCGAUACAUGGUCCGAGAGGAGGAUAAGAUUGAGGAGGUGGAGCGUGAGAUCAUUAAGCAGGAGGAGUGUGUGGACCCAGAAUACUGGGAGAAGCUGCUGAGACAUCACUAUGAGCAACAACAGGAGGACCUGGCUAGUAAACUGGGCAAGGGCAAGAGGAACCGCAAGCCUGUCAACUACAACGACGCAGCACAGGAGGACCAAGACUGGCAUACUGGUAUUUCAGAUAACCAGUCCGAGUACUCUGUGGGCUCCGAGGAGGAGGAUGAAGACUUCGACGAGAGACCAGAAGGUUCUCGCAGACAGUCCCGCCGCCAGAUGAGGAACGAGAGAGACAAGCCGUUGCCCCCCCUGUUGGCCAGAGUGGCCGGCAACCUGGAGGUGUUGGGCUUCAACACGCGCCAGCGGAAGGCCUUCCUAAACGCGGUGAUGCGUUGGGGCAUGCCCGCCCAGGACGCCUUCUCCUGCCAGUGGCUGGUCAGAGACCUGAGGGGCAAGAGCGAGAAGGAGUUUAAGGCAUAUGUCUCUCUGUUCAUGCGUCACCUGUGUGAACCCGUGGCCGACGGCGCCGAGACGUUCGCCGACGGCGUGCCGAGGGAGGGCCUGUGCCGUCAGCCCGUGCUGACCCGCAUCGGGGUCAUGUCCCUGGUCAAGAAGAAGAUCCAGGAGUUUGAGCACAUCAACGGGCGGUGGAGUCUCCCAGAGCUGAAGCCAGAGAUGAAGCCUGAGGCUCUGAGGCCUGAGGUCAGUGUGUCUUCCUCCUCCAGAGCCUCCUCCCCUGGAGGGACCAUGAAGACUGCUACGCCCACCCCUGACCCCAGCUGUACCUCAGACAACACCCCCUGCACCUCCAAACCAGCUACCCCUGCUCCCUCAGAGAAACUAGAGAAGAACGGGAAAGACGGAGAGAAGGAGGAGGGAGAGAAGGAGGAGGGUAAGGCCCCGUCUGAGCCAGAGAAAGAUGGAGAGAAAGAGACGGAAGGGGGUAAAGCGGUAGAGGGCAACAGGAGUGCAGAUCCUGAAGUGCCUCCAAUCCCUAUGAAAGAAGCUCCGCAAGACUUAUCCCCUAGUACAACAACAGACAGGGAAGAGAGUGGUACAAAAGAGGAGGGGAAAGAAACAAAAACGACGGACACCCCUCCGGCCCCAGUGGAGGAGAAGAAAGGAGAAGAGGAGAGUACGGAGGGCGCACCGGGAGGAACAACUAAACAAGGGUCGGCGGUCAAAGAUGAGAAACCAGGUAGUGUAACGCUCUUACCUGGCGAGAAGAUGGAGGAGGAGGAGAAGGGGAGAGAGAAGGAGAACGACAAGGGGAACGAGGAAGCUCCUGUCUCCACAGAAGCAUCAGACAACAAGGAGAAGAUGGACAGACAGCUACCCUCUGACGUGAUGAAAGAGGAAGUAAAAGGUGAAAAGGAUGCUGGGAAAGAAGUGGCGAAGGAGGAGGUUGCCAAAGACACCUUGCCGAAACCCCCCAUCAUCCCACCCGAGCGACGGCGCUUCAUGUUCAACAUCGCUGACGGGGGCUUCACGGAGCUUCAUACGCUGUGGCAGAACGAGGAGCGGGCGGCCAUCUCUUCUGGGAAGAUGAAUGAGAUCUGGCACCGGCGGCACGACUUCUGGCUGCUGGCGGGAAUCGUUCUUCAUGGGUACGCGAGGUGGCAGGACAUCCAGAACGACCCCCAGUUCGCCAUUGUCAACGAGCCCUUCAAGUCGCAGGCCAACAAGGGCAACUUCCUGGAGAUGAAGAACAAGUUCCUGGCCCGCCGCUUCAAGUUAUUAGAGCAGGCCCUGGUGAUCGAGGAGCAGCUGAGGAGGGCAGCCUACCUGAAUAUGACCCAGGACCCGGUCCACCCCGCCAUGGCCCUGAACGCCCGCUUCGCCGAGGUGGAGUGUUUGGCUGAGUCCCACCAGCACCUCAGCAAGGAGUCCCUGGCCGGGAACAAACCUGCCAACGCAGUGCUGCACAAGGUGCUGAACCAGUUGGAGGAGCUGCUGAGUGACAUGAAGGCUGACGUGACGCGGCUCCCUGCCACACUGUCCCGAGUCCCGCCCAUCGCCGCACGCCUGCAGAUGUCAGAGAGGAGCAUCCUCAGCAGACUAGCCAGCAAGGGUACCGACACACACACUCCCCCGACCAUCCCUCCAGGACCCUACGCCACUCCUCAGAACUUUGGACCUGCCUUCACCCCCGUCCCCCCGGGAGUCUUACCCAUGGGAGGGGCCAACUACAGCCAGAUGCCCCCUGGAUCUUUCGUAUCAGUGUUGAACGGGCCUCCCUUGUCAGUGAAGAAGGAGAGGGAAGCCGAGCAGCUCCUGAGCAGGAGAGACCAGCGCUUUGGGGAAGUCAUCUGUAUCGACGACUAAAUAACACCACUCACUGACCACACACACACACACACACACACACACACACACCACACACCACACCACACACACACCACACACACACACACACACACAAGGUUAUUAUAGUUUGUGUUUUUCUAUUCGUUUUUAUUUCUACAUAAAAAAUGUAUUCAGUUUAGUUUCAGUUUGUUUUCAGACCUGGUUUACUAGUUAUUAUUUAGUUUGAGUUUUAUAAAAAAAUAUAUAUUUUGUUUUAUAUUAUUUAGUUAUAGCGACAGACAAUAGCGGAUUUCUUCCCUAUUAGCUAGUGACAGCAGAAAUAGUUUAUGAAAUGAGGAGAGGAAUCUCAUUGGUCAAGGAAUGAAGGCACGUUUAACACCCAGACUGUCGACCAAUCGCGUUCACGUUGUCAUGCUGUGUAAUGUGGUUGCUAAGCUAAUCGUCACGCAAUCCCUUGUAAAAGUCAGGGUACGAGACUAGAAACAUGCCUAUUGUCCUCGAAUGUACGUAAUGUCACUAUUUCAAAGCUAUACCAUAUUACAGAGAACAAGUUCAUUAUCUCACAUCUUGGAAAAUAUGUGUAAUAUUGUGUUUCUUGUUCUGGUAGGCUAAUUCAUAUUUAAAUGUUUAUUUUAUUUUUUAUUUAACCUUUAUUUAACUAGGCAAGAACAAAUUCUUAUUUGCAAUGACAGCCUACCCUGGCCAAACCCUAACCCGGACGACGCUGGGCCAAUUGCAUGGGACUUCCAAUCACUGCCGGUUGUGAUACAGAAUUCAUGCUAAUGUUUUAUUUUUUGCUAGCACCCAAUUGACUCCCAUUCAAGCCUUGAAGGAGUUGCGCUCCUUGUCCCAGAAUCGCUCCAAAUGCACCGCACGGCCCAUUGACAACGUACGGGCAACAUACACGAGUUUCCCAUCUCCUAACAUCUUCAAGUAUUUCUGGGAAUAACUAGUUAUAGUGAUGCACAAGCUAGGUCUAUUUGAAACAGCCCAGAUACAGAAGCUUGAAAACUCCAUUUAAUUUUUGCUCAAAGUAAAAAAUAAAAUAAAUAAAACUGAACAUAAUUCAUAAUGGUUUUAUUUUAUUUUAAUUCGUUUUGGAGUCAAAGAUAAUAUUUUCAGUAUAGUUUUAGUUUUUCAAACAGAUGUGUAAAUUAUUUAAUUUCCCUUUUCGUUUCAGUUUUCAUUUACUAUAAUAACCUUGACACGCACGCACACUCUCACACACAUAUACAAACAGAUUAACAUAUACACGUGUAUACACACACACACACCAACGUGGUCUACGCUGUUACAUACAUACAUACCCUCACCUGCUCAAUCUCUUAUUGUCUGCCUCAAACCAACCAAUACUCCUCACAAGCAGCCUACUAAUACUCAUAGGCCUCCACUCCACUCCAGAACAAUAUACAUGUAGUACCAUAAGCUAGAACCUCUUUAUCCUGGCACCGCUCACAGACCCUCAACCUCUCAACACCAAAUACCUAGAACCAAUAACCACUACAGAGUUUGACCUUUGACCCUUCCACAGGUCGCUCCAGUAACAGGAAGCUGCAUAAUAUAACAGUAUAACAUUUGACUCUUAACACCAUUCCCGCCAUUCGUCCUCUGACGCAUGCAAUACUCACUAAAAAAUGGUGUGUUAUCAUUCAAGUUGUGCCUACAGUAUUUCUUCUAGUGUUGUCUCAGAGGCUCGCCGAAAACCAUCAAUCGUCCUAUUGGAGAAUUGAUGUGAAGUAUUAUAGGACUCAGGGGGCUCUAAACUUGGCAGGAAACUCUCAGCCCAUUUCCCUUUCAUGUUGACCUGAUGGUCCAUGUAGAAAUACUGAACAGUCAGUCAGUUUAACUCCAACUUGACUGAGUGAGGUAUAGCGUAGUGGAUGUUCUUACAGACCAGGGUGCAUGUUUUUUUUAUUUUAUUGGGAUGGGAGGUUCGUUCCGGUGCUGGUUCAGGAUAGGUCUCACUCACAGCAAUCAAAUGGAUAGUUUCAGAACCCCUGUGAAUGGUCAUAACCUUUCAUAGGCAAGUCAUACAGUGUUAUACAGCUUCUUGACUACCCUCAACUACAGUCCUCCUCUCCCCUUGCUCUCUCUGACCUUCUUUCCUCUGGCUUCUAUCCCCCUUUUCUCUUCCUCUUCCUCUCAAUCAACCCUUUCUUCCUUGUUUGUUUUUUUUCGAGUUUCUACUUCUUUCUACGAAUUCUGUGAUAUUCUUUGCAUAUUUAAACUUGGCUCAUUCGUGUUCUCGUGUUUUUACUCUUGUUAACUUACUACGACUAUGAUUAUUAUUGUUGUUGUCGAAGUUGCUGUUGUCUUUGCUGUUACUAUUGAAAAAAAGAGCUUUUACCAAAUGAGAAAUUGAGAAAACGAUAAAAUCUUAUGAUUUGGUGCAUUUCUUAUGCUGCAUCUGACAUCUUAUAGUCAGAACAGAAAGCAAACAGAGGUUGACCUUUGAACUUCAUAGAUAGAUAUAAUACACAAAAAAAAUGACAUUCUAGAUUUGGGGCUUGCAAAUAACCUUUAUAAUAGAUGACAUAUGUAACCCUAAAUGCGUUAAAGACUAAAUGAAACGGUGUACGAUCUUAACAGUUACAGUACAUUAAUUCAUUAUUCUUUGGAAACUCAGAGGCUGUUAGUUGAAUCGAGUCAAUUUUAUAUACUGUAUCCACAAAUACGCCUUAAACAUAACAUAGCUGAAAUAACUGUCUGAAUUAAGUGUAUUAAACCUGAAUAGAUCAGGAGAUGUAAACUCUAUAUAUGCUAGUCUACUUUUAGUUAGUUCCCUGCACUUAUUUCAAAUAAUUAAAGUAGAAACGUUUAAUUUAUUUAGCUAACACCCUGGAUACUCCACAGUGGUGUUCCAAGUUGAAGAGUCUAAGCAACAUUUCACCGAUUACGUUUCGCAGGACGUGUUUUGCAACCCCGUAACUAGAAUGUAUACUGUCAAAUCAAGCACUUCUUUUCUCAUUUGAUUUCUUUUGUCAUUUUUUUUCAGAUUUUGUUUUGUUUUUCAUUUCUUGAUAUCUUGUGUUACUGUACGUUGUUGUGAUGCCGAUCGAUGAAACAAUGAGUGGCAGUGAUGCCACAAUAAUAAUGCAUCUCUUUGUCUUUUAUUUGGGGUUUUGUUUGUAAUAAAAAUAAACACGUUUAAAAAAAAA